AACGUCUGUUCUUUCCUUCGAGUAAGUAGAAAAAUGCAUCGAGAAAAUCAAACCAUCGUCUCUGAAUUCCUCCUGCUGGGACUCUCCAGUCAAGCUGAACAGCAGACUCUCCUUUUUGUGCUUUUCCUGGGUAUGUAUCUGGUCACCGUCCUUGGGAAUGGACUCAUCAUUCUGGCUAUCAGCUUGGAUUCGCACCUCCACACCCCUAUGUAUCUCUUCCUUGCCAACUUGUCCUUCGCCGAUAUUUCCUCCAUCUCUACCUCAGUCCCCAAAAUGUUGAUGAAUAUUCAGACCCAGAGUCAAUCCAUCUCCUAUGAAAGCUGCAUCACCCAGAUGUACUUCUCGAUUGUGUUUGUGGUCAUUGACAAUUUCCUCUUGGGAGUUAUGGCCUACGAUCGGUUUGUGGCUAUUUGCUACCCUCUCAACUACACGACCAUCAUGCAACCCAGACUCUGCAUUUUGCUCACAGUCGUCCCCUGGGUCCUCAGUAACAUGGUUGCCCUGACGCACACUCUUCUUCUCCUCCGCUUGCUCUUCUGUGACGGCAACGUCAUCCCACACUUCUUCUGUGACCUGGCACCGCUGCUCAAACUGUCCUGCUCAGACACGGUGAUCAAUGAGCUCAUGUUGUUUCUCGUGGGCACAUCCGUCAUCACCUUCCCCUUUGCUCUGAUCUUUUUCUCUUACAUCUGCAUUGUCAGGGCUGUCCUGAGAAUCUCAUCCACGGACGGAAAGUGGAAAGCCUUCUCUACCUGUGGCUCUCACCUGACAGUUGUGUUGCUUUUCUAUGGUACCAUUGUAGGGGUUUACUUCUUCCCCUCAUCCACCCACCCUGAGGAUACAAACAAGAUUGGUGCUGUGCUGUUCAUGGUGGUGACGCCAAUGAUGAACCCCUUUAUCUAUAGCCUGAGGAACAAGGACAUGAAAGGUACCCUGAGAAAAUUCACUGGUAGGAUCAGAUCCCUCCCUCUGAGGCCCUGGAUUUUUAAAUUCCUCUGA